UGAUUACACCGGGUACAAUAGUUCAAAAGAGUGUGUUAUCUCGACGCCGCUUAAAAAUGGAACGAUUUAUUGACUUGAUAUAUUUGCUAUAUUUUGCCAGUCAUAUUCCAGUUGCAAUAUUUAUAGAUUCGCAAGCAGUUUUGCCGAGAUGGAUUUAUCCAAAACCGGCAGUAGACCUUGUGGACUGGUACAUGAAUGAGUUUGGUGAUUCUAUGAUGAAAGGGACACAACCCUGGUUCCAGUCGUUUAUUGUCUGUGAAAUUCUGCUACAGUUUCCGUUCUUCUUUGUGGCACUUUACGCAAUCUUGAAAGGUAUCUCGAAAAAUCGUUGGAUAAGAAUUCCUUUGAUCGUUUACUCCACCCACGUGACCACCGUGUUGAUCUGUAUAUAUCAUCACUUGUUCUUACAUGAUUUCUCGAAAGACGAAUUUCCUGGACCAAAGACCAUGAAAGAUCGUGCACUUCUUGGACUUAUUUAUUUUCCAUAUUUUAUUGUGCCUGUGAUUUUAUUAAUAGAUGCCCUGUUUAGUUCCAGAUAUAGGACAGAUAAUGCACGUGCAAGACCUGUAAAUGCAAAGAGUAAAAAAGCCCGGUGAUUUCUAACAUGGUUGUUGUAAACUGAAAUUAGCCAGGCGACAAAGACUUAAUGAUCAUUAUAACAUGUUUGAACAAUUUCAUAUGUUUUUUCUUCUUCUUCUUCGUCGUCGUCUUGUUCUUAAAUUCUUCUUCUUCAUUUAAGUUUAAAGGAGGUUCACUGAGGUCCAAACUUUUCAAAGUUGUAUUUUUACAUAUGAUCAACAGGGGUACUUUAAAAAUAAGAAAAAAAUAUGCAAAUAUAAAAUAGGUUUACUUGAGGCCAUAUUCCAUUACAGAUAAAAUUAUUAUUCGGGAAAACAAAGAAAAUAGAAAGAGUGAAUGUUAUUGAUACAGACCAACAUAAAGCUGAACACAAAUAUCAAAAAAUACUUCCAUACAGUGCCCAUAAAACCUCAGUGGAAGCCUUUUAAGUAGUUAAGUAUACAAAAACAAAAAAGUCGAAUGCCUCCAGCUUAUUAAAAAUUUACUAUUAUUGAUUUUUUUAUUAUCGAUACUAUAUUUUCAUAUUAGUUUUGACAAUGUAUGUAAUAAAUAAAUUACGGUCA